GUGCAGACCGAUUUGCAAAAGUGAAAGUAAAAACCUGUCGGAAUGGUUGUUUAUUGCUUAACCAACCCAAUACUGUACAUUUACAUACUGUUUGAACGGUUUAUUAUACAACAAAUGCAAAAGCGCGCUGCCCAUUACUUUGACAAGGCUGCCAUUAGCUAGCGAAUCUACUACUACGUUAGCUCGUUCUGGUGAAACGAUUUUUUUUGCUAGCUUGUAAUGGUCUAUAGAGUAUCUGAAGCUUAUUAAUUAUAUUUAGCGUGUGCAACGUAACUUGCAAAACCGUGUUAUUUGUUAAGGCAGCUACAUAUAUACGCAUCGCUUGUGGCUAUUUCUGCUUGACGGGGAAAGGCGACGAUAGACAUGGAGAAGGUGCGGAGAAUCCUGGUGUACCUCUCGAAGGAAAGCUCCGUCCCUGAAUGCGCUCGAUUCGUCCAGAGUAUAACGGGACAUUUCGCUGACUCAGAGACCGACUUGGUGGAAGUGAGAUGCUCCCUGGAGAAUAAUCGCUUCAUAUUGUAUGGACAGGACGGUGGGAAACGAGGACCUGGAGUAAUGCUGAAGAGGGCUUCCUUCUGUCCUUUCAAGCACAUGUCCAAGUCGGACGCGGCAGCUCUCCCAACAGGCGUCCAGAGCCGUGGGGUGGAUGUGGGAGUCGUUGUGCUGCUGCAGUCAGCCAAUCAGAAGCUGCUGUUGACCCGCCGGGCUGCUGGCCUGAGCAUUUUCCCCAAUGUGUGGGUCCCACCAGGUGGCCAUAUUGAAUUUGAUGAAAAGAUGGUGGACGCGGGGCUGCGGGAGCUUCGGGAGGAGACUGGGCUGGAGAUAAACCAAGAGGACGUCUCAUCUCAGCUACUUGGGCUUUGGGAGUCAGCGUACCCUCCCAUGUUGUCCAGAGGAUUACCACAAAGACAUCAUAUUGUCACCUAUAUUCUCUUACACACCUCGCUGACACACCAGCAGCUUCAGGCUUCUUUGCAGCCUGAACCUGCAGAGGUCAGUGGCUGUCUGUGGGUGGAUGCUGAGAUCGUCAGGGCCAUCGUGUCUGCCGUGGAUGGAGAAGAGGAUAAUGGGAAGCUGCCAGGAAAUCUGCCACAAACUGUGAGCAUGUGGGAGGUGUCUCCAGAAGGCAGGCUUUGCUCCUCUGUUCUUCCAGUAUCCAUCCUAUGCAAUCGGGCACUGGCAGUGGGUGAGGACGUGGAACGGGUCAGCACUGGGACCAAGUUUGCCCUGGAGCUGUGGCUGAAAACAAUGGAGCUACACAGAUGAAAGCUCAUCCAUGACUGAUGCGUACAGGGCGACAUGGAAGGAAUCCUGGAGUCACACCCCCUCCCACACACACACACACACACACACACACACACACACACACACACACACACACACACACACACACUACACACCUUUCAUGAUGACAUCAGCACUGGAACCUGCUUGCCACCUCCAGGAACUUUACUACUGGAUUUGGCAUCGAAGACUUCGUAGGAAAAGCUAAUAUACAGUCAGCCCUCCAUACCUGUGUGUUCUGCAUCUGUGGAUUCAAUCAACCAUGGAUUGAAAUGAUCCAAUUCUGAAACUGCUCAAUCCCAACUGCGGUCACCGGACCCUAUUCCAGGAUUAAUGGGUGCCGGCAGGAACUAACCCAGGGCAGUCACCGAAACACUCACAAGGCCAAUUUAGACUCGCCAGUCAACCUAUCCUGCAUGCUUUUGGACCGUGGGAGGAAACCGGAGGCCCCGGCGAACACCCACGCAAACACCACACAGAAAGGACCCAGGACCGAACCCAAAACUUUCUUGCUAUGACACAGCGGCGCUAACCACUGCACCACAACACAACCAGAUGGAAAUUAUUCAGAAAAAAAAUAAUAAUAAUACAGAAAGUUCCAAUAAGGGGCGGCAUGGUGGUGCAGUGGUUAGCACUGUGACCUUGUACCUCUAGGUCCAGGGUUUGGCUCCACAUGCGUGGGGUUUGCUUGUUCUCCCCAUGUCGUCGUGGGGUUUCCUCCAGGUACUCCGGUCCCCCACAAUCCAAAAACUGAGACUAGCUGGAGUUAGCAAAUUGCCAGUGUCUGUGUAGGUAUUUCUUACCUAACGAAAGUUUUCUUUAAUCUCCUCUUUAUUAAAGUUGAAACAUUGUCAUUUGUUUGUUCCUCCUCCCAGAUUGUUAGACCCACAAAACCCUAAUGAAGUUGUUCUAUUCUACUUGAUAUCUUUAACAGAACGGAAAUAAUUUACCAGAACAGAAAUAGAUCUCUCAUGUUACACAUAUAAGGUAUAAAAUAUAUCUCAUCUGGUUUCAUUAAGUCAAUUGUCCGACGUGAGUGCCUGCCGAUUGUCUUGGACCAUUUCCCGUGGGUCUUAAAUUGUGUUUAAUUCGUUUUCAUGCUUUUUUCAUAGGGUCACAAGCAGAGGUGGACAUUUCAGGUCCAGAAAGUAAAAAUCCAAACCAGGAUUUAGUUCCAACCAACCAGUUGAGUACUCCGUGACUGUGACUCUUUAUACUCAACUGGUUGGUUGAAACAAAAUCCUGGCUUGGAUUUAUACUUUCUGGACCUGAAAUGUCCACAUCUGGACUCACAAGGGCCUCAGUAGGGACUCCUUCCUUAAAUACUGUGCCUUGUUUUUAAGGUUUGUGUCCAUAUGCAUACAUUUAUGGUGGCAUGUAUUAUCAUUUUCUUCCUUGUAUUAUACA